GAGUCACGGCGGAAGCCCGCGCGCGGCUGCCCGUGUCCAGAGUCCGGGAUGUGGACGGUUUCCUACAUUUUCCCAAACGGAGACAAAUACGAAGGAGAGUGUUGCCGUACCUCAGAUGGUGUGGUGAUGAGAAAAGGCACCGGCACACAGAUCUCAUCCUCUGGGGCAGUAUAUAUCGGAGAGUGGAACAACGACAUGAUGAGCGGUACGGGAACGCUCACACACCCUUCAGGGGCAGUGUACAAAGGUCAGUUCCAGGACAACAGGUACCAUGGCAACGGAACCUACUUCUUCCCCGAUGGAACCAAAUACUGUGGGACUUUCAACAACAACAGAUGCGAGAGUGAGGGGGACUUCACUGACUCAGAAGGACGUGUGUGGACUGGAACCUUCCAUCGAAAAGCAGCACCAGCUCUCAAACUCAAACUCAUAUAACACACACACACACACACAUGAACAAGCACCAAUACACAUGCACGCAUGCCACACACACCCCAGACACACAGACUCUAGUUUGUGUGUGUAUAAUAGAUGUUCGUAUGUAAUAUAUAGCUACAGUCCUGUCUUAACAGAACACUCACUGUCUCCGUCAGAAAUAUUAAGGUCACAUAGCAUUCAGCUAUGACAGAUUAAGUUAGCCCGAAAUACUCUGUAGAAUAUGUUACAUUAUAAACAUAAUGACCGGCUUCCGAUAAAUGGAGGAGCAGUUGCCUGUUCAUUCAGAGAAUACUGACUGGCCACGACCAGUGAAGCCUUUAGACCUUAGGUAAAACGUUUCAUUUUGAGGUGAAGCAUGUUUUAUCCACUGGGUUCUUCCUAGAGAGAGCGCGUGGAUCCACCCUGGCCUUGGAGGCACGACCCAGACCCAACACCGAUCAACUAUAUGGUUGCUGUAACACAUUGCAGAGAUUGUUCUGUAGUCCUUGAAUGUAAUGACCCAGCAGUAAGAGGACAUGACACAUGACCCAGCAGUAAUGACCCAGCAGUAAGAGGACAAACUGAGGUGACCACUAACCUUUUGAGAAACUAAAAUUCUGUUGGGCCUCUAAACAACUUUUUUUUUCUGUGGUCCUGAAACACAUGCACAGAGCUCAUGACUCUGCAUAAGAUCAGGAGUUGUGGAAGAUAUGAGAUCAGAUAAGGAACAUUUCCCGUCCUGGGGAGAAGAUCCCUCUUCAAGCGCACAGCUGCUUUCUAGAGGAACUUCAUACCAUCUGUGACUUUGCUGGUGUCUGAGUGUCUGCACUGGCUUUGAAAGGACCCGUUUUGUUACAUAAAUUAAUUAUACAACCUCUGUGUAAUUCGUUACACAUGAGUGUUUUAAAGGCCAGCCAUUCUGAUGACAAGUGACAGUGUGUGUAUCUUAAUCAACUUAGUGGCUACAUUUAUUUUCGUGUGUGUGUGUCUUUUCUUUUUGGCUAUACAGUCUGGCUGCAAGUCUGUUCAGUAAAUUGUGAGAUGGCA